CGGAUAGACGUCCUGGCACCACUGCGCCUCGUGGAAAAAGCUUCGGCCGACCCAGCACGCCUUGUGCGCCUCUUUAAGCGUCUUGCCGACGAUUGUCGUUCCCGAGUGGGCGAGGCCGUGGAUCGAGAGGAUCUCGGUCGGGUCGGUACGCGCCGCCGUUGCCGCGGCCGCGACCAGCGCUAGUGUCGCGUGCAACAUCGCCUCGAUUCAGCGGCCGAGGGCCCACUGCGCUAACGGGUACACGACGAAGACGACCGCGACGAGGGCGAAGAGGAUGCCG